AUGGAAGCAUUCCUCAAAGCUCAAGCCAAGUUCAAGGCCGACAAGGGCCUCUCCAAGAUCCCCGUCAUCGCCAACAAGAACUACCAGCGUCAUGGCACCAAAUCCUACGUCUACCUGCUCAACAAGUUCAAGUUCGAACCAACAAAGCCAGGCCCUUAUGUUCAGACACGAAGAAUGGCUCAGAGAGGGCUUGCAGCUCCCGGGUUCAAUGCUGCUGUCGGCGGUCGUGUCUCCAUGAGCAAGGUUUUGUCCAAGAAGACUGGCGACGACCAGCACGGGGAUGUUACAGCCGAAGACCAGCAAUAUGACUCCAUGUACCUUUGCGAAGUCUCAAUCGGCACGCCACCGCAAAAGUUCAAGUUGGACUUUGACACAGGUUCUUCUGACCUUUGGGUUUUCUCGACCGAACUUAGCAGCGCCACGCAGAAGGGUCACAACAUCUUCGACGCCUCCAAGUCCUCGACUUACAAGAAGCUCGACGGAAAGACGUGGAAGAUCUCGUACGGCGACGGUAGUUCGGCGUCAGGCGAUGUUGGCACCGACAACCUCGUCCUCGGCGGGCUGACAGUCGAGAACCAAGCGAUCGAGUCAGCCUCGCAGCUCGCAGACCAGUUCUCCCAGGGCAGCGGAGAUGGUCUUCUCGGUCUCGCCUUCGGAUCUAUCAACACCGUCAUGCGCGAUGGCAACUUCCGCGACCCCGUCGCCACACCCGUCGAGAACAUGAUUGCGCAGCAAGACAUCCCCAAGGAUGCGGAGCUCUUCACCUCUGCGUUUUAUAGCGAGCGGGACGAGGCGAAGCCGCGGUCUUUUUAUACAUUUGGCUGGAUCGACACGGAUCUCGUCUCGGCCUCGGGCGAGGAUAUCCACUGGACCGACAUCGAUAACUCGCAAGGGUUCUGGAUGUUCGAGUCCGGGUCCGCGAGUAUUAACGGCAAGGCCGUGACGCAGAGCGGGAACAAGGCCAUCGCAGACACAGGCACGACGCUGGCGCUCGUCUCAGAUGAGGUCUGCGAUGCGCUGUACAAGGCGAUCCCCGGUGCCAAGUACGACGACCAGCAGCAGGGCUACGUGUUCCCAACGAGCACCAAGGCGGACGACCUGCCCGAGUUCAAGGUCGCCGUCGGUGACAAGGAGUUUGUGAUUCAGAAGGAGGACCUUGCGUUUGCGCCGGCGAGUGAUGGGUUCUGGUACGGCGGAGUGCAGUCGCGGGGUUCCAACGAGUUUGACAUCUUGGGUGAUGCGUUCCUGAAGUCGAUUUAUGCGAUUUGGGAUCAGGGAAACACUCGAUUUGGCUGCGUUCCGAAGAUUGAGAAGACGCAGAAUCUCACACCGCCGUCUUAA